UGAUGGGGGGGACGGGACAGGACGCAGCGUGUCAACAACAACACGCUGCUGCUGGUGCUGGGGCCUGUGGAGGCCUCCUGCUGCCCUCCACCUCGCCUGCAGGAAGGGGACGGGCGUGUGGCACCCACAAGCUCCACACUGCCAUACUUUACUCCAUACGGAAGAUGUGGGGGGGUAGAAAUAGCCUAAGCUACUCUAUCCCUUUGAGAUGUAUUUCUUGUCUCAAUAAACAUACUUGAACUCCAUACGGCUGGAGCAGCAUAUAUUUUCAUUUGGAAUAAAGUGUGAACAAAGCCUCUUCAAGACCUAUCAAAUUUUGAAACGGUGCACAAUUACUUUGCCACGAGUUAAGAAGAGAAUUCAAGGCUUAUCUCACUCAGCGCUUAGAUAUGCAGUAUGCUGAUAUGCAAAAGUUGAAAUCUGGAAAGUGGCAGGUGGUCUUUCACAUGAGAUUCCUGAAAUCGAAAGAAAACUAUACAAUUUUUUAAAACACCAUAAAAAUGGAUGUGCCAGUAGAAGAGAAAGAGAAAAACAAAAUUAAAACUUUUGUUUUUCUAGAUAUUGAAGCUACUGGUUUACCUGGAGAUGAUCCCAGAAUUUUAGAACUUUCUAUGAUGGCUGUAUCUAGAGAGGACCUCCUUUGUAUGAAUACUAGCAAGAGUAGUCCCACAUCUUCCAAUUCUACUGAUAAACAGCAAAGAAAUGUUGUUCCACAAUUGCCUCGUGUCCUGCACAAGUACACAAGACUGUUUUACCCACGAAAAUUGAUUACACCUAAGGUGGAAGAAAUAACUGGACUUAGCAAUGCUCUUCUUUAUCGUUUGCCGGGCUUUAGCCAGAUGAGUGCAGAGGCAAUUAGUCUGUUUUUGGAAUUGCCUAAACCUCUGGCAAUUGUAGCACAUAAUGGUGACAGGUUUGACUUUCCUAUACUUAAAGCAGAACUGAACAAUGUGGGUUCUAUGGAAAAGUUUGCUGAUCUACAAUGUGUAGACACUUUGAAUGCAAUAAAAGACAUUGAUGCUCUUCAACAAAAAGAUAUUGAAAUAUUGGAAAUAUUGGAAAUAACUGAAACUGCCAAAUCAUUUAACUUUAAAGAUAUGGAUGAGGAAGUGAGUAAAGAACUUCCAGUUAAAAAAAGAGCCCGUCCAGUAGAAUUAGAGGAGAAAGUAAACAAUGCAUCUUCUGCUUCAUUUAUAAAUGAGCCAUCUUCCCAGGCUCAGGAAGGUAACCCACGCACAUUAGAAGUCUCGCCGGAACUCUACAUGACGCCAGUGAAAGAUCACAUUCCAGCAUUUGUGAACAAUACACCUUCAACUCCAGCCAAGCUUACACAACCUCCCUCACCCUCAGUUACCCCCAUAUCUUCCAAGGCAUAUACUCCAGGGACACCAGGCUUUAGUCCUCAAACCCUCAGAGAAACUAGUAGAGUUCGUCGAAAUUUAACAUACGAAGGAAGUGGCAAGAGAAGGUGGGAUGGAACAACACCAUAUGCACAAAGCAACAUCUACAAAAGACUCUUUAAUGCUCAAUAUUUAGCACACAAAGCAGAAUCAGAUUGUCAGGCCUUGCUAGAAAUUUGUGGACAUUAUGGAGAUAAAUUUGUAAAUUGGGCAGACAUGCAUGCAGAAAAUUUUGAUGAUGUUAAGCCAAUGUGGUCAAAAAGAAAGGCUUUCAAACUUAGCUGAUUCUUUAUAUGUAAAGCUGUAAUUUUAUUAUAAUUUAACUUGUUAAUGUAUUGUUAGCAUAUCACUAUUGUUUGCCAUAAAUAAUUGUCUAUUGGUAAUUAUUUUAAGAUUUUAUCAGUAAAAUUUUGAUGAAAAUACAUAAUUGGCUAUACCUGUACAUACAUAUAUACUUGUUGGUUAGUUUAACAUUUAAAUAUUUUAAACCACAUUUUAAAAUUACACAUUUUAAUCUUACACAUUUUUUAUUCUAUAGUAAUGUUUUUUUUAUCGAACUUAUACUGUAAAAUACAGUACUGUAUUGUUAUAAGUGUAUUCAAUCUGACAAUCCAAGGACCUCUUAAGUGUCAAAUCCUUAAACAGUACUGACAAAAAUCAGUGCUAGCAAUGUUUUAAUAACUAAUUAUGAGUAGGAAUCAUUGUAUGACACAGUUUUAGUUUGAUGAUUAUACCCUUGUUGCCAGACAGUUUUAAGUAUAAUAAACCAUCAUGACAUCAGUACUCAUAACAGGUGGAAGUACAAAGAAAGGAUUUAUAUUAUAUAUAAGCAUAAGCUUUAUAUUGUAUAUAUUUUAUUUGUAGUUAUAUACACAAGAGUUCUUACAUACUUGUAAAGCCAUUAGCAUGCAUGAGAUUUUGGGCAUGUAUGAUAUGGACAUAAAUGAAGGAUAUAUUAUAUAAAGUUGAAGUUUAACAAAUUGAUACAAGUCAUAACAUUAUAUAGUCAUACUAGUUUAGAGUUCUCAAUAUUUAUCUCAAAUCAAAGUACAGUACUGUAUUAGUGGGCCAGUGUAAGAUUACAUGUGCAGUCACACAAAUGAAAAGAUGAAACAUUGGAUAUCAAAAGUUAGUGUUGAAAAUCUUCAGCUAGAAACUGUAGGUCAGUAAGAGGUAAAUGAAUACGAGAGAGAGAGAGAGAGAGCACUGGAAACUUGGUGUUCAGGUCCUCGGUACCCAGCUUGUGGUGGCUAUUUGACAUGAAACAACUGUGGUUUUCAAUGGGUAUGUUAAAAUUUAUGUAAUGCCUUUGUUUGGUUAGUUUGCGGGAGACCUGGUCGAGGAACGGACCACAGGGACGUUGAGCCCUGAAAUCAUCGUAAGGUAAGGAGGGGUAAUGUCAUUGAGAAUAAAUAUGAUCCUAACUACAUAAUCAAAAAUUUGUUGGUUCAGUUAAAGAACACCAAUAGAGUACUGUAUUUAUGCAUAUUUUAAUUACUUUUAAAAAUUGGCCAAUUUUAAUGGAUUUUUAAAAUGCUAGCUAUUUUAGAAUUAUUGUUAUACUGCAAUUAAUUGUUUAAUUUACAGUAUGAAUUUGUUAUAUUGUACCUGUAUUAUCUAGUGCUUAACUUGAACAAUGCUGUUUAGUCUCUGGAAUAUACACAAGAUCUGUUAGUUGUCAAGAAGUGACAAUGUUAAAGUAAAUUAUCAAUUACAUUAUUUUGUAAAAAAAAUAUAUAUAUAAAAAUACACAUUACUGUACUAAUUCAAUAUGGUGAUACAGUACAGUAAAUGCAUAAAAAAAGUGUAAAAAUGAUAUAGUUCACUAUAUAAAGCAAGUACAAGCCUGAAUUCUUUACAGUAAGUAUUAGAUGUAGAUGUUUUUAACUGUUCAGUGUUCAGAAUAAGUACGGUAAUUAUAAAAAAAAAACUCCGAAGACUAUUUAGCACCGGCUGUGUCACAUAACAUUAACAGAUUCUACAAUAUUAUUGAGGACGCCAAUACCAGAACAAAAAGACAGACAAUGUCAAAGAUAUCAAAUUCACCAAGGAUUUUGUCAAGGGACAACAUUGGGAAAGCAAAAUUUCCAGUUGUUCUGGAAAUUGGGACAUUUCUAGGAGAAAGUGAAAUUCUCAGUGUUAGUAAUUGUGUAUUGGUACUGUUAUUUCUUAAGAUGCAUUAUAUUAUUGUAAAUUUAAAUAUAUUGUAUAAAUUUUAGAUAUAUAAAAUUAAAUAAAU